GCCGAGACCUAGAACGACAGCGCGCCAGAACGCGCUCGUUCAUCCAGUGACCAUGUUCGAAAGUCAAAAUUACCUGUCAUGCCACGUCUCGUCGAAUCAGACCGACACCUGUCACAGUUCCAGAAAAAUGGACGACGAGGAGAACCAGUUCGUAGUCGACGAUGUCAGCAACAUCGUCAGGGACACGAUCGAGACUAUCUUGAGCGGGGCCGUUUACCAGCAAGACAAAGUUAACCAAUGGAGCGCUUCGGUUUCUGAGCAAUGUCUCAGCGCUCUGAGCAAGAUGAAGAAGCAGUUUAAGUAUGUCGUGACGUGUUCCAUAAUGCAGAAGACUGGAGCCGGUUUGCACACGGCAAGUUCUUGUUAUUGGGACAGCGCCACUGACGGUACAUGCACAGUGAGAUGGGAGAAUAAGACGAUGUAUUGUGUGGUGACUGUAUUCGGACUUGCUAUUUGAGGUUUGUUGUUAUCCGAAAUUGUUCAGUAACAGGUCAGAAUAAAUGUAGCUUCGAGUA